AAAAAAAAAAUUCGAGAAUUUUUUUUUUUUCGGUGAAAAAUUUUAAUGAUGACAACUCGUUUACCAAAAAUUAUUUUUUCAUUAGUUGCAAUACUACUGUUAUUACAAGUAAUAACAAGAGUAGUGGUUGCGGAUGAAUUUGAUGAGGAAGAACUUAAAUUCUCACCAGAACCAGAAAAAGAAAGUUAUCAAGAAGUCCCUGAACCAAAGCCUCUCUAUGUACCUCCAUCGCGACCAAAAUUCGAGUUAUCAGAAUUUCGUCGAGAAAUAUUUAUGAUAUGUUGCAUUGUUGCAUAUUUGAUUAAUUAUCUCAUUGGCAAAGAGAAAAAUGAAAAAGUUGCAAAAAAAUGGAUGGAAACUCAUAUUUCAUUAUUCAAAGAUAAUUUUGCACUUGUCGGAUUUGCGAAUGAUAAUAGUAAGCCUCUUAUAAGGGAUGGUCCAGCAGAUUAUGUUUUUUAUCUUAGCGGUCGUAGAAAUUGUCAGUUUGUUCAUGGAAGAAUUACGCUUAAACCAAGACAUAAUUUGAUUCAAACAAUUACAAACAUUAUUAUUUCUCAAUUUAGCAGUAAAGUCAUAGAAGAUUCAGUGUCACUUCAUGUUUAUAUGAAUGGUGAUUAUGAAGAUUUUGUUUUCGGCGUUACAAAAAAAGAUCGUUCUAGAGAAUUCCGAACAUCUCGAUACGAUUUGAGUGAUUUCACAAAACAAGUCAAUAAUAAUCAUCUUCCAGGAAGUUUAUAUGCACAAACUGAAUCUUCUGAUAUUACCGAUACUUUUCUUACCAGGCAAGUUGUCGAUUUAUUACAAAAGUCGGAACCUUAUUUAAAUGCUCUUAUCGUGACAGAUCAACCACGUGUCAGACCAGAAAAAGUUGUUGAGAAUCAACCAAAAUUGUUGACAGUUUAUUGUUCUAUUCCCGAAGAUCUAUCUAAACUAGACGACACUUUAUAUGUUUCAGAAUUAAUUAUGUAUUUGAUCGAUUUCAUUCCUGAAAGAUGUUCAUUCAAGAUAGAGACAAAGAAUAAACUUAAGAAAAAUAGAGAAGAGGCAGAUAAAAUAAUAAAUAAGGCUUUGGAAGCUGAAAGACAAGAAGCUAUUCAACAGAAAAAGGUUGAAAAGAAACGUGCUGAAGCUGAACGUGUUGCUAAAUUAUCACCUGAAGAACAACGAAAGUAUGAAGAAAGAGAACGCAAACGAGAAUUAAAAAAGAAACAAAAGAAAUUGAUUAAGAAAGCAUAGACAAUAUGCAUUUCAUAUGAUUAUCAUUCUGUUGAUCGUUUGAUAUGCGUGUUAUACGGGUCGCUAAAAGAAUAUUUCUAUUAUCAUUUUAUAUUAUUUACUUUAUUUCAUUGUAUAAUUUUAAUAUAAACAUUUCCAUUAAUAGAAUUUUGAUUGUAAAAAAAAAAAAUAAUAAUUUUUUUACUUAAUAAAAAA